UUGACAAAAUGGCGACCGUUGUUGUUUUACCACAGGGCCAGUGAAUAACGAGAAAUUCCUUAGCCGAAUUUCUGCGCUCUCUCGCAGAAUUGCCGAAACCCAAAGCCCCAGGCGUCCUAGGGUCGGCUCCGCGUGGACCGAAAUGAAAGGUAAAGAGCGGUCGCCGUUGAAAAAACGCUCUCGGGCCUUGGACGACAUUCGCGAUCGGGGAGGAUGCCACCCGAGCAGCAAGAAAAUGGGCGCGUUGUCCCUAUCAGCUGGGACUAAUAAUAAUGGCAACAAAAGUGACGGCGGCUCGACGAGGAGGAGUCUGCUCGGCGACAAAAGGGACCGGGACUUCGACGGACACGGCCGGCUCGGGAACAACCACAACAGCUGUCAGCCCGGCGUUGUCGGCUCCGGGAGCAAGAACCACACCACCCUGAGCCUCUCGCUAGAUUUGGCCGCGGCGAGGAGCACGUCGCGCGGGGACAAGCGGCUGGCCGCUCCCGGCGCCGACUGUGAGUACAAAACCCUGAAAAUCAGUGACCUGGGAAGCCAGCUGAGCGACGAAGACGUCGAGGACGGACUCUUUCACGAAUUCAAGAAAUUCGGCGACGUCAGCAUCAAGCUGAGCCGCAGCAACGACGAGCGGAUCGCCUUUGUCAACUUCAGGAAGCCGGAGGACGCCCGAGCGGCCAAGCACGCCAGGGGUCGGCUGGUGCUCUACGAUAGGCCGCUGAAGAUAGAGGCGGUGUACAUUAACCGCAGGAGGAGCCGCUCGCCGGUUGAGAGAGACUUGUAUGGAGCCACGCAGAGCCACAGACACUUACAGCGGCCCCUCUCCCCCACCGGACUGGGAUACAGAGACUACCGCCUGCAGCAGCUGGCCCUGGGAAGGCUGCCCCCUCCGCCACCACCUCCCUUAUCCCUGUCCCGGGACUUGGAACGGGACCGGGAGUUCGCCCUUUUCGAGGCCCGCGCCCGGCCGACUUUCAUCGCUGAACGGGGUGCCUUCCGUGAGGAGGAUUUUAUAUCGCCAGAGGACGACCAAAGAGCCAAUCGGACCUUGUUUCUGGGACACCUGGACACGGAGGUCACCGAGGACGACUUGAGGAGAGCCUUUGACAGGUUCGGUGUCAUCACGGAGGUGGACAUCAAAAGGCCUGCACGGGGCCAAACCAGCACGUAUGGCUUUUUGAAAUUUGAGAACCUGGAUAUGGCUCACCGUGCUAAACUCAGCAUGUCUGGGAAAAUAGUGGGCUGCAACCCAAUCAAGAUAGGUUACGGAAAAGCCACACCCACUACACGUCUGUGGGUGGGGGGCCUGGGACACUGGGUGCCCUUGACCGCCCUCGCCAGAGAAUUUGAUCGCUUUGGCACCAUCAGGACGAUAGACUACAGGAAGGGGGACACCUGGGCCUACAUUCAGUACGAAAGUCUGGACGCAGCACAAGCAGCAUGCACGCACAUGCGGGGCUUCCCUCUCGGCGGGCCCGAGAGGAGACUCCGAGUGGACUUCGCUGACACGGAGCAUCGUUACCAACAGCAGUUCUUGCAGCCUCUCCCGAUUGCGCCCUUUGACAUGGUGGCCGAGUCGUUCGCUCACCGUGCCGCUCCGGAGCCUCUGAGGGUUCGAGAAAGGACUACCCCGCCGCUUCACUUCAGGGACAGGGAGCUCUUCCCUGGCACCGAAUGGUCCAAUCCUGCAGCUCUCCGAGAGCGCGUGCGGGCCUCCCCCUUCGAUCCCCUCGAACACUUGGACCGUGAGCGGCGGGCACGUGAGCCCUGGUCUUUGGAGCGAGAGCUGCAGGGGCGGGAGCCUGCACGCAAGCGCAGGCUCUUGGAAGACGGGCGCCACCUUGACCACUCGCCCGACAUCUCUGACAGGACAGUAAGGCGUCGGCGUGCCUCUCCAGACGGGAGCCCCGGAGGUAGCAGUAGAGACGGGGGGCGAUUCAGUGACCCGGAGCGCCCACCAAGGGGGGACAGAUCUUCCCCCACACGAGAGCGCCGCUGCAGCCUGGAGAGAGGCGGGGUGGAGCGGCGACUCAAAGGCGCCUCUGACAAGGGUGCGUCAAGCAGCAACAUUUCACUGACUGCAGAGCGCAAACGUAAAGCCGGCGACGGCGGUAAAGGGACGGCAAAAAGAGAACGUUCCGAGGGUUCGUCCAGAAGCACGCAGCUGUCCAAAUCGAACUGCGCCAGGCUGACUCUGGCCUGGCAGGGUAUGCUGCUGCUGAAAAACAGCAACUUCCCGGCCAACAUGCACCUGCUGCAGGGGGACCACAGCGUGGCCAGCGAGCUUCUCACGGACGGGACCACUGGCAAGCAGGUGUGCCAGCUCAAGAUCACCCAGCGCCUCCGCCUGGACCAGCCCAAGCUUGAAGAGGUCUCCCGACGCAUCAAGGCGGCGGGCCCCGGGGGCUACGCCGUCCUCCUGGCGGUUCCCGGCGCCGCCGAGGACUCGUCGUCCGACCCGGCCGUCUCCACCCAGCGGCCGCUCCGCAACCUGGUGUCCUACCUCAACCAAAAGCAGGCGGCGGGUGUCAUCGGCCUGCCCGUGGGCGGGAGCCGUGAUAAGGACACCACGGGGGUCCUCCACGCUUUCCCUCCCUGUGAUUUCUCCCAGCAGUUCCUGGAUUCCUCAGCCAAAGCUCUGGCCAAAAGCGAAGAGGACUAUCUGGUCAUGAUUGUGGUGCGAGGAGCAUCUUAAAACAAACAGCUAAUGAGUCAAAAGUGUUAAAAUACAACAACAACAAAAAAAAUCAUCAACGACUGCUGUAUUUCAGUAACCAUUGCAUGCUCUGUGUAUUGCAUUUUGGGGUACACUAGAAUGGUUCUUGGAUGUUGUGCAGUAUGUUGUCGCGUUACCCACUAUUACCACAAGCGGCUUCUUUCACCUGCUGCAAACAAAAAGGGGUGCAUGAUUUUUGAAAUUCGCUGAGGUUGCAGGACCGCACAAAAUUCUCAAUGUUCAUUUCAGAUACAUUCUUUAAACGAAUAUAUACAUUAAAACAUGUUUCUGAGGAGAAGAAGCGACUUGGUGCCGUGCAGGAAGUAGACACAAUAACAACUCUAAAACAACUGUGACGUGUAUAAAACUAGAUAAAUUAUUCCCAAGUGUUAACUGGACAGUGUUACUUGAUCCUUGCUCUUGUUAUUGUGUCUACUGCUCCACACAAAAGGGAAGAUUGUUAUUCAAUUUCCUAUAUGAAAGAUGAAUUGAUGCAAAAGUGUUCACGUCCUUUACUUUUAAGGUUAAAAAAAAAGACGGGAAUUUUGGUACAAUAGUUGAACAAAGUCAUUCAUGUCACAGUGCUUCUCUCCACAGUCCCACCCUUUUUUUUUUUUUUUGUCUGUCCAAGAAUCGUUGAAAGAACCGUUGUGGAAUGGGAAACGGUGGUUGACGGGUGGCGCACUCGGUUACAUUUGUGACAUGUUUGAACUUCCAGUCAUUUUUCAUGUUCAAGUAUUGAGCAUUCUUUUGCGUGCAGUCUCAAUGUUUGAUCGCAGCGCUGCCAGAAGGUCACAAGAAUUAUGAGCACUGGGAUACCUCGUUUAGGAAAAAGUCUGCUUUUACCAGGACGGUAAUAAUGACAGGAGUCCUUUUGAUUUAUAUGUAAUUGGGAAUUUGUGGUAGUCCUAACACCAAGCUGAGAUAAUGGAGUAGUAAAGUCAUAAUUACAGUGUAUGUCAGUAAUUACAGCAUGGCAACAUUUUCUUAAAAUCCUGCGCAGUCUAGUUUGGAAGAUGCAAAGGCUGAAUGUAUUGUAAUGAAAUUACAAUAUUAUGCAUUUUAGCGUAAUGGAGAUAGAAUGAAACCAUAAAGAGUGAUUUGUUUUUUAAAUAUGGCACAAUUCAGAAUCGCAAUCCUCUCGAUUGCCAAGUAUGUCCACACAAGGAAUUUGUCUCCAGUUUUUGGAGCUGCUCUAAUAUGACAACAGAUCAGUAGAUACUUUGAGACGUUUAAAAAAAAAAACGUACUCAGUUAAAUUUGGCUUCCUUAAUUCUCUUGGUAGAUGAGUUUCUCAGGAAUACCAAUAACAUAUCUGGCCAAUGUUUUAUUAUAAUAGGUGUGAGAAAUGAAAAUAAAUGUAUACCUUAACUAACUCCAUUACCCAAUCAGUAUUUGGUGGUUCAGGAUUGAUAUUUCACACUUUUUUUUUCUUGCAAUUAAAAAAAAAGGCAUUCUUUAAAAUGGGUAACAGAUGAAUACCUUGCAAAUGACGCCGAAGAUAAAAGAGUGUUUAUUGUUAUUGUCAUGGUGAAGGCAGACAAGCUCUUAUGACAGGUGUGAGUGCUCAUCAUAUUUGUAUUUUCUCAAUAACAAAGACUAAUUUGUUUUUACUCCAUGCUUUAGUUUUUUGUUUUUUUUUUCAUAGGACUUGUGUAAUCUAAAAGGUGUGAGGGGGAAAAAAAAGAACCGUAGAUGUGGAUUUAAAAAAAUGUUUUGUUGACAUUUUGACUAAACCCACAUAAGGGUGCUUACAAGAAUCAGUAAGUAGGGCUGUGUCAUUUUUUUUCAACAUUUGAAUUCCCGUUUUUACAAAGCAUGACUCCGAGACCUACUUACUGAACUGCUUUUUCGGUGGCUGCCAAAAGUCUACACACCCCUAUUCACAUGCCCGGUGUUUGUGUUGUCUGAAAAAAAUGAGACCAAAAUUAUUCUUUUCAAAACUUUUCCCACCAUUAGUAUGACCUAGAAUCUGUUCAACUCAAUUGAAUAGUAUUUAAAUCUUUUUAGAGGGAAAGUAAAAAUUUAGUUUCAGAAAUGCUCACACCCCUCCUAACUUUCUGACUGCAAGUUGGCUCACAAUAAAGCAGUCAUAUUAAUACUCGUGUCAUAUUGGAGUCAGCACACACCAGCCAACAUUUAAAGUGCUUAUAAUUAACCCCAAAUUAAUUUCUGAUCUUUUAGUAGGCUUUUCCUGACGUUUCUUUUUUGUCACAACACAUUUCCCCAGAUUUAGGAAGUUUUGUUAUGGUCCAGUGUAAGAAAGGUUGGACCUUUUUGCCAUAUUCCAGAAGGUAUGUGUGGUCCAAACAUAACACUGUUCAGCACCAAAACAACAGCAUACCUGCAAUGUAGCAUGGUAGUGAUAGCAUCAUAAACAGGGUCCUCUUUUCUUUCUUUGUGAACAGCCACAACCGCAGUAUUAGUCAUUUAUAUUUGUUUUGCUGGUUAGCACAUCUGCCUCACGGUUCUGAGGACUGGGGUUCAAAUCGCAGCCUCGAACGGGGUUUGCUUGUCCUCCCAUGCCUGUGUGGGUGUUCUUCAGGUAUUCUACUUUCCUCCCACACCCCUGAAAGAUGCGCGGUAGGUUGAGUGGAAGAUUCUAAAUUGCCCGUAGAUGUGAACGGUUGUUUGUUUACAUAUGUCCCCCGAUUGGCUGGCGACCAUUUCAGUGUGUACCCCGUGUAGGCUCCAGGACACCCGGGACCUGUGUGAGGAGUGGUACAGAAAAUGGAUGGAUGGAUAUAUUUGUUUCUUCUUCUGAAAAUCUACAUUUUUAAAUUCAUCUGAGUUGUAGAAGUCAUAGCUCAUCAUUUUGGAAAAUGGGUUAUUUUGGUCUCAUUUUUUUAUGCUCCAAAAACCUGGCAUUUGAACAGGUGUGUGCCGACUUUUUGUGUCUACUCUGUGUGAAUCAUGACUGCUCUGAAAUGUAUUGACGUUCAAGGACUACGAUGACGACGUGUUUAAGUUGCGUAGCCACCGGCCGGCCUCCAGUGCCGCAUCGUGCGCUGACUUCCUGUGUUACGUUCGUACGCGCCGAUGUCACGGGGGAAGGAGGAGAGCAAGCUGUUGACGUACCCGCAAAAAGUGCAUCAAUAAAUUGUUCAUUUGAA